AUGUUCGAGGACUUCUCCUUUUCGUCGCCCUCGUCGCGGCCAGAGCGCUUGGCUGUUGAUGCCGAGGACCGGCUGAUGGUCGACUGCAACAGUCCGUUGAUCUCGCCGUUGUCGUCGCGAUGCCCUUCGCCCCGUCGACUCCGCACGCUUUCGCGCCCCCGAUCCUCCUAUUUCCGCUCGCAACAGCCUCCGACCUCGGUCCCUUUCUCUUACGAACAAAACCGCCUGUCAAUCUCGACAUUGACGCAGAAACUGCAUGAACAUACUAUUCAAGGGCCAAAUGGGGAGCGUAUUCCGGACCAGGGGCGCUUGGCGUAUGAAGGGGCAAAGACGCCUACCCGGUACCCAGGAUACGUCCUGACGCCACCAGAUACGGAUCAUGAUGAAGAUGGACACUUUGAAUCGUCACCCUCACUUUGUUCGAACCCGAGUCCAACAUCUGCUCCGCCUGAAUUUCCAGCCUUGGAUGGAUUACCGGACCCUAAUCCGCAAGGCCUCCCUGACCAUGGGAAUGUCCGGCAGCAACGACAACAAAUCUCCCAGUUGCAAUGCAACGAAGGCGAUAUUGACGCCAUUCGCCGCAAUGUCUACUCUGACGACUCUCAAUUCCCUGAGACUGUCCUCGAAGACGACUGCCACCCGAGCUCCUUGCCACCCCGAGCUUCGCCACGUCGACGAGCAACUACACUACAUCGCAGCCGGUUCGGACCAUCGGACUCUUCAGCUGCAGAAUCUCGCGGGCGGAGGAGAAGCAGCUCAGGCACGAUGCAGUCGCACAGGAUAGAGAAAAGCCACCAUGGUUUUGGCGGCCGAGAUGCCUCCAAGCGCAGCGAGUUGGGUCUUCGGAGGAAGAGUAUGGUGAGCGCAGCCCUGGCCUCGGUCGUGGAACGACCUUGA